CCAGGCCCCGAGCUUCAGCUGCCCGCCCGCCCGCCGCCGGACGCCAGCCCCACCCCCGCCGUGCGUGCUGCGCAAGCACGCAGCCUACCACUGCAAAACAGGAGGCCUCGGCCCCGCCUCCCAGGCCUCGCCAGGCCACGCCCCUUCGGGGAGUUCCGCCCCUCAUUUUGCUGUCCUGGUCCGGAUUCCGAGGCUUGAGACUCAGAACCCGGACGGGGACGCGUGGCAUCAUUCAUAGAAUACAAGAGCAGCUUCUUUCGGGGCGAGGGUCAUAUCCUCGGGAAACCGAGCCAUUCCGUCCCGCCGCUAGCCUCCAACAGGUCUUGGAAUCUUGGUUCCUCUCUAGGAACCUCGGAAGAUCUGGCCACCCUAGCCGUUCUCAAGUGCAGAAAGCCCGAUUUCCCCCAGUGAGCUAGGAAGAUUGCUUGGCUUUCCUACUCGUUUGGGUCAUCUGAGGGCAGGACCUGUGCCAGACCUGAGAGCUACACGGGUGGGCAAAGCCUCUCCUGAUCUGCCGACCCCUCGACGAGAACCGAGACUCGCGCUGCACAUUCCCUCCGGGGGGCAGGGAGGAGGAGCGGCGCAGUCACGCGCACAUCUCACUUGCGUUCACACACGCGUAAGGCUCACGCACUCCGCCCCGCACACCUGCGCUCCGCCCCUUGGUCCCGGGCUCGCACUGCGAGUAGGCAUUUGGGAACCCAGGACGGUUUCGGAGGCGCCCCCACCCCCCUCCAUCCCCUCCAUUUCCCUGGCCGGAGUGGUCCGGAGCCUGUCGCGGUUCCCGACUGGCCCACAUCCUUCCCUCCCCCCGUCUGCCGCGGAACCGGUAUCCGCAGCCACCAGCCAGGAGCCGGUGAGGCGGCAAAGGGGGGAGGGGGAGGAAGCAAGGGAUGAGCUCCGGGAGGGCGUCGGGGGCCCUGAGCCGGACGAGGACGCCCCUGGAGCCGGGACCCGAGCCGGAGCCGGAGCCGGAGCCGGAGCCGGAGACAGAACCAAACCACCGCUGCAGCCCACUAAACCCAGGAGGCGCCCUGGCCCGCGCUCGCCCCCCAGGGCCUCAUGUCGGAACCACAGCCUGGCCUGGAGCCGCCCCAACAUGGGCUGUACAUGCUCUUCCUGCUUGUGCUGGUCUUCUUCCUCAUGGGCCUUGUAGGCUUCAUGAUCUGCCACGUGCUCAAGAAGAAAGGCUACCGCUGCCGCACGUCUAGGGGCUCAGAACCUGAUGAUGCCCAGCUCCAGCCCCCUGAAGACGAUGACGUGAAUGAGGACACAGUAGAGCGGAUUGUUCGCUGCAUCAUCCAAAAUGAAGCCAAUGCUGAGGCCUUGAAGGAGAUGCUAGGGGACAGUGAAGGAGAAGGGACGGUGCAGCUCUCCAGUGUGGAUGCCACCUCCAGCCUGCAGGACGGAGCCCCCUCCCAUCAUCACACAGUGCACCUUGGCUCUGCAGCUCCCUGCAUCCACUGCAGCCGCAGCAAGAGGCCCCCACUUGUCCGUCAGGGUCGCUCUAAGGAAGGAAAAGGCCGCCCCAGGCCUGGAGAGACCACUGUAUUCUCAGUGGGCAGAUUCCGAGUGACACACAUUGAGAAGCGCUAUGGCCUACAUGAACACCGUGAUGGUUCCCCUACAGACAGAAGCUGGGGCUCUGGUGGAGGGCAGGAACCAGGGAGUAGUCAGGUGGCUGGAGGAGGGCAGCCUAGAACAGGGACAGCUGCCACUGACAGGCUGCUCCCUGAGCCGCCACCCUCCCAGGCCGCAGCCACCCACCCAGUGCAGAAUGGAAGACUCAAGGAUGCCGGCCUAGUCCCUUGUACUCUUGAGGGAACCCCUGGAACCUCUGCAGAACUGAACUUGGGCCCUAGAGGGAGAGGCCCAAGCCCAGGGCUGCCUAGUCAAGAAGCAAAUGGACAACCAACCAAACUGGACACCUCAGGUCAGCAGGAAUCUCUACCACCAGAAGCAGGGGAUAUGUGAGGCAAGUCUCCCUGAGCUCGAGAUCAGACGCUGUUCUACGCCUGAAGCUUCUCGCCCGGGAGCCUGCUGACGCCUCUGCUCCAGUCGCUGCAGGACCUAGUGAGGAUGGCAGAGGUGGGUGGAGGAGACAUUGUGGGCCACAGCUUACUCUUAGCCUGGUACUUCACUAGUUGCAUCAUGUGCAUUGGGUCAUCUAUCCUUCCUAUGAGGUAGGUAUUAUUAUUAUUGGCUCCAGUUUAGCCAUGAGGAAAUCAAAGUCCAGAGAGAUGAAGUCAUUCCUUACCCAGGGUUAGAGAACUCACAAGCAACUGGAGAGAAUAAAAACCCCGGUCUGUCUAGUGCCAAAAGCUGUGCUCGUAACUACUGUAUAAUACCAUUGUGUUAAAAUUCCUUUCCCUCCCUUCCUGUCUGCAUCAAUGGUCCCCAUCACUGAGCUUUUCUUAUCUACCCCAAGCACCUGCACCCCCACCUCACCCGAUGCCCAUGAUGCUGGAUCUUGUAGUCCCGGGCAGCCCUGCUUGUCCAGCGCUGAACCUCUUUCUCCAGGCCACUCUCUCCAGCCAUGCCUCCUGCCCCCCACUCCAGCGCACACACCUGAGGGAGACAAGGAAUGCUUGAGAAAACAAACAAACAAACAAACAAACAUACAUCCUUCUUACCAGCCCUUUUCCCUCCUUGUCUUUUUUUUUAUAAUCUUUUUUUUUUAAGAUUUAUUUUAUUACUUUGUGUUUCUACAUGUUUUGCCUGCAUCUAUGUCUGUACACCACAUGCACACCUGGUGCCCGAGGUAAUGGUGAGCCUCAAGUGCAUGUUGGGAAUUAAACCCAGGUCCUUUGUAAGAACAAGUGUUUGGAGCCAACUCUCCAGCCCCUUCUUCAUCUUGACCUCCAGUGUCGGGGACAAAGAAGAUGGAGUGAAUGCCUCUGUCUGUGGACAGAAGUAUGUGCUCAUGUAGACACAGGCCCAGGAAUGGGAUCAGGGUGGAUGAAGAGAACAGGACUGGCUUCCGUCUGAUCUGGGUUUCUGUUCAGAUGGGAGGAAGGUGAGCGGGAUUUUGAAAACCCCUGUCCAAGGCUGCACAGUCACUAAAUCAAUACUGGGAUAGGAAUACUGAGACGAGGGGUCUGAAGCAUACUUAUGCUUAGCCGUGGCCUGUUUCUACACACAGGGUGUUCUCACCUGAUCAGCCCCUGCUGGCUGGAACUGCUGAGGUGGGGUGGGAGAAAAGACCCCAGGCCCCUGAAGAAACAGCUUCACAUCUUGUUCCCAGUUUACCUAGGAUAGGGUAAAUAAACAGGCACUCACUUGCCACGCACCCAACCCUGUCCCCGGAUCUUCUUGGAAGAAAAGAAGUUGGAACUGCGUGUCAGGAGGUAUGGGAUAGGGAUUUGAAAAACAAAACAACAACAAUGACAUAAAGCAACCUGAGGGGAGCCUUUACCUGAGAAGUUGCCUUGCCUCCAUGGCGGGCAUGUUCCAGGAUCAUCUCUGCAGCUUCCAGCUCAGUGUGACCCAAUAAAGUCAGGGGGUCCCUCAGGUAUUCUGAAAGCUCACUUACCAGGACCUAAAAAGAACAGAACCCCAAGGCACCUUAGCACAUUGGUACAUAUGACCUUCUCCCAGGACUCUAGUGCAGAGUUCAUCCAUUCAUGGGUGGGGCACAGACAUGAAGGAUAGGGAGGAGACAAGGGAUAAGACAUUCCUGCUUCUAAGCCUAGUCUGUCAUGUUUAAACCACUUCGGAGUUUAAGUACUUCCAUUCUCUUCGAACCUCAUUAGGGUUACGAUGUGGGCAAACCGGAGUUAACUCUGACGAGGAGUGUGGAGUUAAACAGGCAUCAAGCGGCAGAACCAGAACCCACAUGAGCAUCUUCUAUCCACUCUGAACACUAGCACUAAUCAGCCUGGGCAGGAGGAACCAGGGAUGGUGUCUGCAUUCACCAAGGGCAGGAGGAGUCUGGGUUAGGACUGGCCUUGAGCAGUGCUGGCAAUUCCUCUUGGUAGUAGUGGGCAAGGUGAGCAUUGGUGGCCACCAGAUUCAGCAGGUACUCAUUGCGGGCUGCUCUCAACUGCUGGGAAUACUGGGCUGACUGGGCAGACAGCUAGGAAAUGGGAAGAAGAGUCAACAGAGAGUGCCGAGCCCUUGGAGGCUUUCCAAGGCCAGCCUCUAAUCCAGAACCAGAAUGGAUCUCACAUUAUUUCCUGGCACUACACUAAAACCUCCAUGUGGAACGCUGUCUUAACAAUCCUCCUGUGGCUUCUGCACAUAUAUAAAAAUGCAAACUGUGCCUUGCUGUAGUUCCCCCAGCUCUUACACGAGCUGACCUUUUUCAAGUCCACGUCUCGUGCUUACCGUGGUGUGGCCACACUGGCCUUCCUCUCAGAUCUUUGGACCAAAGUGGCUCUCUCCUCAGCUUUUGCACUCAACACCCCCUCUCCUCAGGAUAUUCUUCCCAAAGAUCUUGGCAUGGCUGCUGCCUCCCUGACACUCAGGCCACCUGUUCAGUGAGGCCUCCCUUCUCACUGGAGCUCAACUGUCACAGAACUUUUAUUUAUGUCAUCAUCUGAUUAUUUGUACACUCUCUUCUCAUCCAGGCUGUGAGAGUAGAACUCCAUCAGUCCUGUUCUCACUGUAUCCCCAGAGGCUGAACACUGCCUAGCAUGCAGAGGUACUUCAAAGCACAUAUAAAGGAACACCCAACAUAAAGGCAUUGUUUCCACUGUCCAGAUGAAGAAACUAAGGACCUAUAUUAUUACUGAGAGCAUACUACAUGCCUGGUAAUGAACCACUUGGAAAUUUGUAUACUAGGUUCAAUCCAAUCUCUUACUUUUAUGCCACUGGACCCCAAACCACUAGACCACCUUAUUUAUGCCUUUAUCCGCCCCUCUCCUCCAACCUUGGCGCUCAGUUUCUGGAGGCUGGUCCUAGAGUGGAAGAUCCCAUGGUCACUUCGGUUCAGCCUGUGCAGGGAAAAAAUAAUCAAGAGUCAGGUACA